AUGAAUUCAAUAAUCGUUUUAGGUCCAAAGAUGGUCCACAAAAUUCCCCAUUCUUUGAUUAUUUUGCGGAGAUUAUGUAGCCAUCGGUUUGAUGGUGAUGGCUUUGAAUGCAUUGAGGAGCCUUUGAAAAAACUAGGAUUAGAUUGUGAUUCUGCUGUGGAUUUAAGACUCCGUUUAAACGAGGAUUGCGGUUAUAACCAAAAGCAGUUUUCACUUAGAAAAGGGUUCUUAGAAAAUGUUAAGUUAGAUGCUAAGAGGGUCCUUGAUGUUCUCCGGCAAGACGGUCCCGGUCUUGACGCGAGGUUGGUUUUGGGUGAGUUGCAUGUUAGGCCAUCAGGGCUUCUUGUGAGGGAGGUUCUCUUAGGAAUUUUGAAGAACAUAAAUUGUGAGAAUAAAACUAGGUGCGCAAAGCUGGCAUACAAGUUUUUUGUUUGGUGUAGUCAGCAAGAGGGUUAUCGGCACACUGCGAAUGCAUAUCACUUAGUUAUGAACAUAUAUGCUGAGUGUGAGGAGUUUAAGGCAUUGUGGAGAUUGGUUGAUGAGAUGAUUGAGAAAGGCCUUCCGGCUACAGCUCGAACUUUCAAUAUCUUGAUACGAACUUGUGGUGAGGCGGGAUUAGCUAAGAAAUUGGUGGAGAGGUUCAUAAAAUCAAAGACGUUUAACUUUAGGCCUUUUAUGCACUCGUACAAUGCAAUCCUACAUGGUCUUCUUGUUUUAAACCAGUACAAGUUGAUUGAGUGGGUUUAUCAGCAGAUGUUACUUGAUGGAUAUUCUUCAGAUAUUUUAACUUAUAAUAUUAUCAUGUAUGCCAAGUACAGACUUGGAAAGUUGGAUCAGUUCCACAGAUUGUUUGAUGAGAUGGGUAGAAAUGGAUUUUCUCCAGAUUUUCAUACCUUUAAUAUUCUUCUUCAUGUUCUUGGGAAAGGGGACAAACCGCUUGCAGCUCUCAAUAUUUUAAAUCACAUGAGAGAAAUGGGUAUAGAUCCAACUGUGCUUCAUUUCACUACAUUAAUAGAUGGACUCAGCAGAGCUGGGAAUCUGGAUGCUUGCAAGUAUUUUUUUGAUGAAAUGAUAAAGAAUGGAUGUAUGCCAGAUGUGGUGGCUUACACUGUAAUGAUAACAGGAUAUGUAGUGGCUGGUGAGCUCGAGAAAGCCCUGGAAAUGUAUGAAGAUAUGAUUUCUAGAGAACAAAUUCCAAAUGUUUUUACAUACAAUUCCAUUAUUCGGGGAUUAUGCAUGGCAGGAAAAUUUGAUGAAGCAUGCUCAAUGCUCACGGAAAUGGAAACCAAAGGUUGUAGUCCAAACUCCGUUGUCUAUAAUACUUUAGUGAGUAGUUUACGUAAUGCAGGAAAGACUGCUGCUGCUCAUGAAGUGAUAAGACAGAUGACAGAGAGGGGGAAGUAUUCCCACGUAUAUUCAAGAUACAAAGGGUAUAACUGA